AUGCUCGCCGACGAGAAGGCCCAGACUAUCAAGACGACGGAGGGUUUGCUGGAGCAGGCCAAGGAGCGCGCCCUCCGCGCCGUCAGCGAGAUGGCGGAGCUCGGGGCGAAGCUGGAGCAGCUGCGCCGCGAGCGGGAGGAGGCGGCCGCCAAGGCCAGGGAGGCGUUGGCCGCCCAGGCCGCCAAGAAGGCAGAGGAGGCAGCGGCAGCGGCAGCAGCGGGCCCGCAGCAGCCCCCCUCGGCGGCGCUGCGCAAGGCGAUUGGCGAGGCGCUGGCCGCCUGCGCUGAGGCGCCUGUGCUGGUGGCCAAGCUCUGCGGGGUGCUGGACGAGCUGCUCGAGGGCCGCGCCAGGGCCGCGGCGGCGGGGCCAGCGGGGGGGCGCCCCCCCCCCCCCCGGAAGGCGGUCGCGGCGGCCAGUUCGGCCGCAGGGCCAGCGCAAGCCACCGCGCCUGCUCCCGAUGUGGGCGCGCAGCAGGUCUGGAGGGACUUCACGCAGGGACUGGACGACCCAGACAAGCGGAAGGUCGCGGAGGUGCUCGUGAAGGAGUGCACCACGCAGGCGGCCAAGAAGGGAGGUUGCGCUGAGUGGGAGUAUGAUGAGCGCGUGGGGCCGCGCCCUCGCCGCCGAAACGCCGAAAAUGAAAAAGUGCCAGCGUCGCUCUGGGGAUUCGUUUAG